AUGCCUAAGUCGAAUACAGAUUCGUGUAUCGGCAUAUCUGUUGCAAGGAUAUUGAGUCGCAUAAGAUUUGAAAUCUUCUCAAUGAAUUCAUCGGCAGGGUCUUCAUAUACAUUACCAGCAGCAUCGUCACCUUAUCAACAUCUUUCAGCAAAACGAAGUCACAGUUCUCAUUCAGCAUCUGUUUCAACAAACGAUUUACGCGACUUAGCUAACACACUUCAAGAAUUAAAUAGUCAUUUCAAACAAAAUACGAAAGUUUUAACGGAAAUUAAAGACUACAUCGCGAAAGUUUGUGAUAAACAAGAUUCUCGACCGGUCGAUGAUAAUUCUGGUGUUCAUAAACUUGAACGGGUAAGUUCGUUUCUCUUGAAAACUUUUCUUUAUUAA